CUUUUAAGUGUUUUCUUGCCUUCAGUUUUGUGAUAGAGCCACCUUGUAAGAUAGCACACAACCAAACUACAGAAUCGGAUUGGGUUAUGGCGGUGCGUUUGCGGUGGUGAGGGGGGUGAGGAGUGGUCGGAGGCGCGGUUGUCAUUUUUGUUUAACAAUGCUUGUUCCUCUCUUCAACCUCGCUCCUAAUUUGACAGUUUCAAGACUCUGCUUAGGAACAAUGACUUUCGGUGAACAGAACUCGCUGCCUCAAUCCUUUGGCCUUCUUGACGAAGCCUUCAAUGCCGGCAUCAACUUCUUCGACUCUGCUGAAAUGUAUCCGGUACCUCAACGUGCUGAGACUCAGGGAAGGAGCGAAGAGUACCUUGGCCGUUGGAUUAAACGAAGGAAAAUUCCGAGGGAUCGCAUUGUCUUAGCAACAAAGGUUGCUGGACCUUCCGGCCGAAUGGCUUGGAUUCGAGGCGGGCCCAAGUGUCUGGACUCUAGGAAUAUCACUGACGCCAUUGACAGUAGCUUGAAGAGAAUGCAGGUUGACUACAUUGAUCUUUACCAAAUUCAUUGGCCUGAUCGCUAUGUUCCGAUGUUUGGAGAAACUGAGUAUGAUCCCACCCGUCAGUUCUGUUCGGUUGGUAUAGAGGAACAACUCGAUGCUCUAGGCAGAGCUGUUGCUGCAGGGAAAAUCAGAUACAUUGGAGUCAGUAAUGAAACACCAUAUGGUGUAAUGAAGUUCAGUCAAGUUGCUGACAGAGUUGCGCAUUAUCCGAAAAUAGUAUCUGUGCAGAACUCCUACAACUUGCUCUGCCGAACUUUUGAUGCUGGAAUAGCUGAGUGCUGUCACCAUGAAGGGAUCAAUUUAUUGGCAUACAGUCCCCUGGCAAUGGGCAUACUUUCUGGGAAGUAUUUUGCAGCUGAUGGGGGUCCAGUAGAUGCGCGAUUAAAUGUUUUUAAAGGAAUGUAUUCAGAAGGGGAGUCAAGGUACAACCUCUCCAAUAACAUCAUAAAAGCUGCUGCCUUAGAAUAUCUUGCCAUUGCAAAAAAAUAUGGUCUUCAUCCUGUAUCUCUUGCUAUUGCUUCAAAUCUGCCUUAAUUACUUCAGAAUCUUCAACACUCCCCCUCAAGCUGGAUGGAAGAGAUCUUUCAUUCCCAGCUUGUCCAAGGUGUUUUUGAACACAGGAUUCUGAACACCUUUAGUAAGUAUAUCAGCAAGUUGUUCCCCGGUAGGCACAUAAGGAGUGCAUAUCAAUCCACUCUCUAACUUUUCUUUGAUGAAAUGUCUGUCUACCUCCACAUGUUUAGUUCUAUCAUGUUGUACUGGAUUGUGUGCUAUUGCAAUGGUAGACUUAUUGUCACAGUACAACUUCAUUGGUUCAUCCCACUUGAUUCUUAAAUCUUCUAGGAUAAUUUUCAUCCAUAGCAACUCACAAAUUUCAAGGGCCAUUGAUCUGAAUUCUGCUUCCGCACUUGAUCUUGACACAACACUUUGUUUUUUGCUUCUCCAUGUCACAAGAUUUCCUCCCAGUAGAGUAUAAUAUCCUAAUGUUGAUCUUCUAUCUGUUAAUGCACUAGCAUAGUCUGUAUCUGUAUAGCAUUCAAGGUUCAAAUUCCCAUGAUUUUUAUACAAAAUUCCUUUUCCAGGAGUAGACUUCAAGUAUCUGAGGAGUCUAUACACUGCCUAGAGAUGUGAAUCUUUCGGGUUGUGCAUAAAUUGACUCACCACACUCACGGCAUAAGCAAUGUCUGGACGAGUGUGAGCUAAGUAGAUCAACUUACCAACUAACCUUUGGUAUUGACCCUUGUCAGUUGUAGCUCCUUCCUCAUCAUUCUCAAGUCUGUGCUUUAGAUCAAUAGGUGUUUCACAUGGUCUGUAGUCAACCAUUCUUGUUUCCUUUAGAAGGUUGAGAAUAUACUUCUGUUGAGAGAUAAAAAUCCCCUUUUCUGAAUGUGCCACUUCUAUGCCAAGAAAGUAUUUCAACUUCCCCAAUUCCUUGAUUUCAAAUUCUGCUGAAAGUCUCUUUCUCAACUUAUCUCUUUCCACAAAGUCAUCACUUGUUAUUGUAAUGUCAUCAACAUAAACAAUCAGAAUAGUAACUCCCUCUGAAAUGGAGUGUUUGAUGAACAAAGUAUGAUCUCCUUGGCUUUACCGAUAUCCCAUAAAAACCAUGGCUUUGGUGAACCUUUCAAACCAGGCUCUAAGAGACUAUUUUAAGCCAUAGAGUGCCUUCUUUAGUUUGCAGACCUGGUUGGGAAGAAGGGAGUGACUGAAUCCUGGUGGUGGAUCCAUGUAAACUUCUUCUUCCAACUCUCUAUGUAAGAAGGCAUUUUUAACAUCAUAUUGCUGCAUACACCAUCCAAGAUUCGCAGAUAAAGAAAAUAGAAUUCGAAUGGUGUUCAUCUUAGCAACUGGAGCAAAUGUCUCUUGAUAGUCUAUCCCAAAUGUUUGUGUAAAUCCUUUUGCAACUAGCCUGGCUUCAUACCUUUCUAGGUUGCCAUCAGUUUUAUAUUUCAGGGCAUAAACCCACUUACACCCUACAGUUUUCUUCUCUUUUGGUAACUCAACUAUUUCCCAUGUUUGAUUCCUCUCUAGUGCAUUCAUCUCUUCUCUCAUGGCAGUUUUCCAAUUCUCAUUUCUUAGAGCCUCAUAUAAGGUUUUUGGAAUAGGUAUGGUGUUUAUUUUUGAGAGAAAGGCUUUGUGUGAUGGUGAGAACUUUUGAAAUGACAUAAAAUUAGCUAUAGGAUAUAAGGGAUUCUUAGUGCAUUCUCUUCUUCCUUUUCUAAUAGCAGUUGGCUGAUCAAGGUCAGGAAUAGGUAGAGAUGAAUGAGAAAGUUUAUUACCUCGCUCUGGUUCGGAUUCUUGGGCUUGUAAGAGAGUCAAAUCAGGCUGUAUCCUUCUUCUAUAUACCUGAAGAGGUCUGUCAACAGUAGUUUCUCCCUGCAGAGUAAUAUUUAGCGACUCACAGGAUGGUGAAAUGGGAGAUGAUUGCUGCCUAGAUGAGAUUUGGAAUGAAAAAAUAUCAAAGUCAUUUAGACUUUGAUAUAGAGAUAGAUAGGCGAAAAAAUAUAGUCUCGGUUUAGGCUCUGAUACCAUAUGGAAAGUUGUUAAAUUCUGACUUCUCACUUUAUUUCAUAAUGAAUUGUUGAAUAUAUACAACAUCUACAUAUCUAUAUUAGGACAGCUAUUAACUACACAUAAAUAGGUAUUAUUGCUAGGUUCUGAUUUAUAGGAAAGGAUAUUUGACUUUCUGUUUUUACUCCCAACAAAUCAGCUUCAAAUCUGCCUUAAAUACUUCAGAAUCUUCAACAGUUUUUUCAGAAAGUUUUGAACUUACCAGCGGACUGAGUUUGGAAUUUUAUUGAUUCCAAAUCAAAUCUGCAUAUGUACAUCUUUAAUAUGGAAAAUGUUAUACCCCCUUGUAGUUAUAGUGGUUCCUGAGCCA